AUGGCAAGUGGCCAUGCUGGAGCUCUAUCGAGUGCAAAACGGGAUCUCAAUAAGAUUCGCGAUGAGGACCGCGAGUCGCGCUACGGCCAGGUUUACGGCGUCUCAGGACCCGUCGUCAUUGCAGAGAACAUGACCGGUUGUGCAAUGUACGAACUUGUUCGAGUUGGACACAACGAGCUCGUCGGUGAGGUCAUUCGUAUCGACGCCGAUAAGGCGACCAUUCAGGUCUACGAGGAAACGUCUGGUGUCACAGUCGGAGACCCGGUGCUACGGACAGGCAAACCGUUGAGCGUGGAGCUUGGACCAGGUCUCAUGGGAAACAUUCUCGACGGAAUCCAAAGACCGUUACGAGAAAUUCAACGAGCCUCGCAAUCCAUCUAUAUUCCUCGCGGUAUCAAUACAGACGCCUUGGAUCGCUCGUUGAAAUGGGACUUUACCCCCGGAACGCUCAAGGUCGGAGAUCACAUCUCUGGUGGCGACAUCUUUGGAUCUGUACAUGAAAACUCUCUUGUCAGCAACCACAAGAUUAUGCUGAACCCACGUGCUAUGGGCACGAUCACCCACAUUGCUGAAAAGGGCAGCUACGCCGUGGACGAUAUUGUGCUCGAAACCGAAUUCCAAGGCAAGACGUCGAAGCACAGCCUUAUGCAAAUCUGGCCUGUUCGUGCGCCUCGCCCGGUCGCAGACAAGCUUACAGCGGACUUCCCUCUCCUCACCGGCCAAAGAGUUCUUGACGCUCUGUUCCCUUGCGUUCAGGGAGGAACUACGGCCAUUCCUGGUGCUUUCGGUGCUGGCAAGACGGUCAUUUCGCAAGCCAUCUCCAAGUUUUCUAACAGCGACAUCAUUAUCUAUGUUGGAUGUGGCGAGCGUGGAAAUGAGAUGGCAGAAGUCUUGAUGGAGUUCCCCGAACUCAAGAUGGAGACCGCUGACGGACGACAAGAACCCAUCAUGAAGCGAACUACAUUGAUUGCCAAUACUUCCAACAUGCCUGUGGCCGCUCGUGAGGCCAGUAUCUACACCGGCAUCACCUUGGCGGAAUACUUCCGUGACCAGGGCAAUAAUGUGUCGAUGAUGGCGGACUCGACUAGUCGAUGGGCAGAGGCACUUCGUGAAAUUUCAGGUCGUUUGGCGGAGAUGCCUGCAGACUCUGGUUAUCCGGCGUACUUGAGUACCAAACUGGCAAGUUUCUAUGAACGUGCAGGCAAGGUGACGUGCUUGGGUGCACCAGAACGUGGUGGUACGGUGUCCAUCGUUGGAGCUGUCUCUCCUCCGGGUGGUGACUAUGGUGAUCCAGUCACGGGUGCUACCUUGGGUAUUGUACAAGUCUUCUGGGGCUUGGACAAGAAGCUCGCGCAACGUAAACACUUCCCUUCGGUCAACUGGAACGUGUCGUACUCCAAGUACAUCAAGGUCCUGGAGCCCUACUAUGAGAGUUCUGAACCUGGCUUUGUCCAAAUCCGAACACGAGCGAAAGAGAUUCUUCAAAAGGAGGAAGAUUUGGCAGAGAUUGUUCAGCUCGUCGGCAAAAGUGCACUCGGAGAGUCGGACAAGGUGACACUAGAAGUGGCUCGGAUGCUCAAGGACGACUUUUUGCAGCAAAACGGUAUCUCAGAAUACGACCGAUACUGUCCAUUCUACAAGACGAGUGCCAUGUUGCGUAACUUUAUCGCAUAUCACGAAGCGGCCGUCAAGGCGUUGGCACAGGGGGAUAUUACAUUUGCUCGGAUCAAGGACGCAACUGCGGACCAAAUGUUCAAGCUCUCCCAGAUGAAGUUUGAGAGCCCCUCUCAAGGAAAGGAGGCUAUUAUGGAGAAACUCAAUGCACUGCACACGGAGAUUCAAGACAAGUUUAGACAGUUGGUUGAGUAA